CUCCUACGGAAGGGGCAGGCCGAGGUUUAAGUGGCCGCGUCGCCCGGGCCAGAGCGAGCCAAUGACCGUAGGGAUCUGGGGGCACGUGACGGCGGCGGGCCCUUCGCCGGAAGGGCGGGGCGAGGCGGAGGCGAGCGGCCGGGUCGCCGAUAUGGAUCAAAAACUCUCAGAGUUGGUAGAAGAGCUCACAACUUCAGGGGAACCCCAACUGAAUCCUGAAAAAAUGAAGGAACUGAAGAAAAUUUGCAAGUCUUCCGAGGAGCAGCUCAGCCACGCCUACCACCUGCUGAUGGCCCAGCUGAGCCAGGAGCACGCCCAGGUCCGCCUCUCCGCCUUCCAGGCUGUGGACGAGCUCUUCACCAGGUCUCACCAGUUCAGGAUGCUGGUCGUUUCCAACUUCCAGGAGUUCCUGGAGCUUACGCUGGGCACAGACCACGAGCGGCCGCUGCCGCCGCCCCGGGAGGUGGCGCAGAGGCUGAGGCGGGCCGCCACCCGGGCCGUCCGCAGCUGGAGCGAGACGUACGGCGCAGCCUAUAAGAAGCUGGCCCUGGGCUUUCACUUCCUACAGCACAACAAGCAGGUGGAUUUCCAAGAUGUGAACGCCAGGACCCUGGCAGAGAGAAAGCGAGAAGAGGAGAAACGGCACCGCUUGGAGCGGAUCUACAGGGAACGAUCUGAGCGGGCGGCCAGGGAGAUGGAAGAAAUGUCUGGGGAAAUCCACAGCUGCCUCACGGAGGUGGAGAGCUGCUUCCAGCUGCUCGUGCCAUUUGACCUUGACCCAAGCCCAGGGGCCGCUUUGCCCGCCAUGGCCUCCACUGUGGCCUCAGCUGUGGCCCGGGAGGGUCCCCACGACCUUGAGGAUGAGGAGCAGCCCUGCUGCAGCAAGGCCCUGGCUGCCUGUGCCCCCCUCCCAGGAGCUGUUGGUGUGGAGGGGCCCUCGGAGGACGAGGACAGCGACCAGGAGGGGUUCGUGCGGUGCCAUGGGCUGGGCUCCCACAAGUACACGCUGGACGUGGAGCUCUCCUCAGACAGCCUGAGGGUGCGUGAGGACGAGGACAACUUUGCCGUCAUCCAGGCAGCCCGGGAUGCUCUGAGGCUCAUCCAGAACAAGUUCCUGCCGGCUGUGUGCUCCUGGGUCCAGCUGUUCACCCGCACGGGGACCCAUGGUGGGCACUUGGAGGGAGCCAUUGACCUAAAGGCGGAGCUGGAAACUGCCCUGAGGCGGUCCCGUGAGCUGGACAUCUCACCCGAGGUGGGCUGCAGGAGGCAGAAGGCGGCCCCCGGGGACGAGGACCAGGACGAGGAUGAGGACUUCGUGGAGGUCCCGGAGAAGGAGGGGUAUGAGCCUUGCAUCCCUGAGCACCUGCGGCCUGAGUACGGGUUGGAGAAAAAGCCAUCUGCGCCAGGCCUGCAGGCGAGGAGGACAAGGACCGAGGAGGAGGCGGCGUCUGACCCCACCUCUGUGGCCGCGCAGCUGCAUCACCUCCGGCAACACUUGCCUGUGCCCUUGCCCCCAAGCCCCAGGGCACCACGGGGGCCAGAGGAGGCUAAGGCGCAGGCUGCAGAGCGGGCCCGGGCGCCCGUCGUGCCCUUCGGGGUGGACCUGUGCUACUGGGGCCGGGAGCAGCUGCCGGCCAGGGAGAUGCUCCAGUCGGACUCUGAGCACCGCUUCUGGAAGCCCCUCGAGGCGGACGUGGGAGAGGACGGCGCUGCUGUGUCUGAGUCGCUGUGGAGCCGCCGCAUCCCCUUCGCGGGGCAGUUUGAGCCUGUGCAGCACCAAUGCCGCGCUCCCCGGCCCGAUGGCCGGCUCUGCCAGCGCCAGGACCGCCUGAAGUGCCCUUUCCAUGGGAAGAUCAUCCCAAGAGACGAAGCAGGACGGCCCCUCCACCCAGAGGACAGGGCCCAGGAGCAGAGGCAGCAGCUGCAGAGGCCAGCGGGGCGCCCGGACUGGCAGGACCCCGAGUUCAUGAGGGACGUGGAGGCAGCCACUGGGGUGGAUCUUGGCUCGUCCAGGUCCAGGGGGAGAGGCCAGGGGAGGAGGAGGAAGCACCCUGGCCUCACCGACCUCAGGCGGCAGGCCGACACAGCGCGGGCUCGCAUUGCCAAGAAGGUCUUCGCCAAGGCGGCCGUGCAGAGGGUGGUCACAGCCAUGAACCAGAUGGAUCAGAGGAAGCACGAGAAGUUUGCAAACCAGUUUAACUACGCGCUGAACUAGAGAGCCAGGCUGGGUUUGUGGUCCCCUCUGGUCAUCGGCUCCUUUUCUUCCCCUGCUGAUGCACGAGGAUGGGAAAGCAGGCCCAGGUCUGGGCAGUGACCGUGGCUGCUGUUGUAGCAUGUAUUAACGCAAGGAGGUGGUACACAUUCUGAUUAACACGCCCCAGAGGUGUGGGCUCUCCCCUGCGGGGUGGCCACUGCCAUCUUGUUACAGAUUUGCCUGCCUGGUAACCAGGGUGGGCUCGAGCAGCCGUGUCCCCAGGGCAUCCUGCACAGCCCGUGUGCUUGGUGACAUGGAUCAGAGUCGCUCAGCAUUUAGAAUGACUGUGCAGCCCCCACCCCAGCUUCCCAGCCUUCCCCACCGGUGGCCACUCAGAGGAACUCCAGGAAAACCCGCUUUUGUGUCUUAACGUGAAGGGGUGAAUCAUUCGCAGUUGGCACCUGUGGCAUCUCACGGGUGUCCUGGUGGUGGUUUCGCAUCAGAAUGCAGAGAACUACCUCACUCUGUUUUUUUAAAAGCAGCUUUAUGGAGACUGAACUCACAUAGCACAGCGUUUACUCCAUUAAAGCGUGGCAUUCAGUACAUUCACAGUGUCGUGCGCCCACCACCACUGUCUAGUUCUGGGACUUUUUAUUACCCUGCAAGGACCCCCAUUCACCCUUCUGCAGCCCUUGUGCUGUCUGGUCUACAUCUGCUUCUGGAUUUGCCUUUGCUGGACAUUUCCUAUGAAUUGAGUCAAACAACACGUGGCCUUUUGUAUCUGGCCUUCCUCACUGUGCACCACGCGGCCAGGGUUCUUCCGUGUUGCAGCACAUGUCAGCGCUUCACCCCUUUCAUGCCGGGAUGAUGCUCCACGUGGGAACACACCUCGCUUUGUGGUCCGUGCCCUGUGGACGUUCGGGCGAUUUACACUUUGAGGCUGUGAUGGGUGACAUCGCUGUGACCGCCCGUGCACAGGCUUUUGUGUUGGCUUGUAUUUUCGCUUCUUUUGGGUUUAUACCUAGAAGUGUAAUUUGGUAACUUUCUGAUGAAUUGCUGAGAUGCUCUCCAAAGCAGCUGCACAGCUUUACACACCUUACAUCAUCGCUACAUCGUCCCACCAGCAGGGUGUGAGGGUUCCUGUUUCUCCAUGUUCUUGCCAACACUUGUUAUUGUCAGUCUUUCUAACUUUAGCCGCCUUAGUGGGUGUGAAACGGUAGCUCGUGGCUUUGAUUUGCGCUUUCCUGAUGAAUGACAUGAACAUCUUUUCACGGGCUUAGUGGCCAUUUGUGCGUCUUUGGAGACACAUCCAGAUCUUUUGCCCGUUUUUAACUGAAUUGUUGUUCUGAGGUGUCGGCGCGCUCUGUAUGUGCUGGGUGCUAGGCCCUUAUGCGCGUUGCAGGUGUUUCUCCUAUUCUGGCUCUCCUUGAACACAAGAGCUGUGACUUUUGUUGAUGUCCAGUAUAUCGACUUCUCCUGUUGGCCACUUGUGCUUUUGGUAUCAUAUCUAAGCAGCCAUGGCCUAACCCAAGGGCAUGAAGCUGUGCCCUUAUGUUUUCUUGUAAGAGUUUCAUGGUUUAGCUCUUAAAUUUAGGUCUUUGGUCCGUUUUGAGUUAAUUUUUAUAUGUGGUUUAAAUCUUCCAGCUUCAUUCUUUUGCAUGUAGACGUCCAGGUCUCUCAGCAUCAUUUGUUGAAAAGGUUAUUCUUUCCCCCACUGAACUAUCCUCGUGCCUUUAUUGAUCAUCAGUUGACAAUAAAUGUGUGAAUUUAUUUCUGGACUCUCAAUUCUCUUCCCUAGACCCGUAUGUCCUUGUGCCAGUGUGACAACGUCUUCAUUAAAACGAGUCCUCUAUCCUUGUUCUUUUUAAAGAUUGUUUCGGCCAUCCUGCAUCCUUUGUGUUCCCAAAUAAAUUUUAGUAUCAGCUUGUCAACUUCUGCAAAAAAAGAAAAAAGAAAGAAAGAAAGAAAAAAGCAACUGAGAUUUUGAUGGGAUUAUGUUGACUCUGGAGAUCAGUUUGGAAAGUACAGUUGACCCUUGAACAACAUGGGUUUGAACUGCACGGGUCCACGCAUACGAGGAUUGUUUUCAAUAAUGAAUACUAUAGUCCUGCACGGCCCAUCAUGGGUUGAAUCCUUGGAGGCAGAAUCACAGAUACGGGGUCGGGGUGGGGCUGGGGGAGCAACUGUAAAGUCACACAAGGGUUUUUGGGUGCAUGGAGACUCAACGUGCCUAACACCUACAUUGUCAACUGUGUUGUCAUUUUAAUGUUAAAUUUUAUAAUUCCUGAACUUGGAAUAUCUCCAUUUAGGACUUCUUUAAUUUAUUUUCACAGUGUUUUGUAGUUUUCAGUGUACAAGUUUUGCAUUUAUUUUCUUAAAUGUAUUCUUAAGUGUUUUGUUCUUUUUGAUGCUGUUGUAAAUGUGACUGUUCUCUGAAUUUCAUUUUUGGAUUCUUCAUUGCUAAUACAUAGAAAUACAGCUGAUUUUUUUAUGUUGGUCUUUUGUCCUGAAACCUUGCUGAACUCACUCACUAGCUCUAAUGGUUGUGUGUGUGGAUUCCUUAUGUUUUCUGUGCACACUGUCGUGUCAUCUGCAAGAGAGAUGUUUUGUUUCUUCCUUGGCAAUUUGGAUUUCUUUUGCUUCUUUGUCUCGCUUGGUUGCUCUGGGAGCCUCUGGUACAGUGCCAGAAGUGGAGGGAGAAGACACCCUUGUCUGGUCAAGCUUCCAGUCUCCUCAAUGAGUGUGAUGGCAGCCGUGGGCGUUAUAGGCGGCUUGUAUCGGACUAAGGAAGUUCUCUUGGGUUGCUAGUUUGUUGAAUAUUUUUGUCGUGAAGGGAUGUUGAAUUUUGUCAAAUGCCCUUUCUUCAGCUAUUGAAGAAUGAUCGUGUGAUUUUUGUCCUUUUUUCCUACUGAUAAUGGUGUAUUAUAUUAGCUGUUUUCCGUGUGUUGAACCACCCUGCAGUCAUGGGAUAAACCCUGCGUGGUCAGUUUCAGUGGCUUGUGUAUUUCUAGUACUUCGUCCACGUCAUCUAGAUUAUUUGUUGUAAUUUGUUGACAUGCAGUUGUCCACAGUAUUCCUUUAUAACCCUUUUUGUUUCUGUAAGUUUGGUAGCAAUGUCUUUUACCAUUCCUGAUUUUACAAGUUGGAGUCUUUUCUCUCUUUUUUAAAAUUUUCUUGGGUAGUCAAGCUAAAGGUUUAUCAAUGUUAUCGAUCUAUUCAAAGUUGCUUUUCUGUAUUAUUUUUCAUUCUUCAUUAAUUUCCACUCUAAUCUCUAUUUCCUUUGGGUUGCUUUGGGUUUAGUGUUUUUUUUUUUUUCUUUUCUAGUUUGAGUGGAAAUGAGAUCUGUCUUUUUAGUGUAGGUGUUUAUGGGUGUAAAUUUCUGUCUAAGCACUGCUGUAGCCUCAUCUCAGACACUUUGGUAUGUUGUAUUUCCAUCUUUAUCUAUCCCAGAGUACUUUCUCAUUUUUCUUGUGAUUUCGUAUUUUACCCAUUGCUUGCUUAGGAGUCUGUUGUUUAAUUCCUAUAUACUUGUGAAUUUCCCGAAUUUCCUUCUGCUAUCUGAUUUCUGAUUUCAGUCCAUUUAGCCAUAAGGUUUUUGUCUGCCGUCUUUCUAUUUUUCUAUGUGUCUUUUAAAAUCUUUCUUCCUCUAUUGCUUUUUCUUGUGUGUUAAGUUAUUUAGUUCCCUUGUGUCUCCCUAUUUUUUUGUUGUUGUUAAUUCUUUCAGUGGUUGCUUUGAGGAUUAUAAUGAACUACUUAAUGCAGUCUAGUUUGGAUUAAUACCAACCUAGUUUCAUUAGUGUUCAGACACUUUACUCCAUUGUAGCUGUUUUCUCCCCGCUCCUUUGUGCUAUUUUUGUCAUACAAGUUGCAUCUUAAUAGCUUGCAGGCCCAUGAAGAUAGUUUUGUGAUUAUUGCUUUAUGUAGUUGUCUUAAAUCCGGUAGGGAAAGGAAAGAUUCACAGACAAGAUCGCAUUUACACUGUCCUUUGUUUGGCUGUGUGGUUGCCGUUACUAAUGCUCUGUAUUUCUCUGAGGGUUUGGAUCCGGUGUCUCUCUCCUCACCCUGAGGGGCUCCCUUCAGUGUCUCACGCAGGGCGGGUCUGCUGGCAGAGGGUUCUCUCCAUUUGUGUCUUAAUCUCUCCUUCACUUUUGAGGAGUAGUUUUGCUGGGUAUGGAAUUCUUGGCUUAACAGUCUUUUUCUUCCAGCACUGCCUUCUGGCCUCUGGUUUCUGGUGAGAAGCCUCGCGCACAGUGAGCUGGGUUUUCUGGCUGGUUUGGGGUGCGCUCUUCGCCUCCUGCUUUUGACGUCACCUCUGACGAGUCUGGUUGUGGGCCCCUGAGGGUGCGUCCUACUUGGAGCUUGUUCAACUUCUUGCGUAUGGAGAUUGUUUUCCAUCAGAUUCGGAAGGGCUUUGGCCAUUAUUUCCCCAAGGAUUCUUUCUGCCCCUUUCCCUCUCUCCUCAGACCCCCAUCGUGUGUACACGUGUGGUUAAUGGUGUCCUUUGGUCUUUGAGGCCCUGUUCAUUUUUCUUCAUUCUUUUUCCUAUUUCUCAGACUGGAACUAGUGACCUGUAUUCAAGGUCACAGGUUCUUUCAUUUGCCAACGGAAAUCUGGCGUUGAAUCACUGUGGUGAAGCCUUCAUUUCAGUUAACUGCACUUUUUAGUCCAGAGUUUCUACUCUGUUCUCUUCUGUGAUUCCUUUCUUUUUAUUGAUGCUCUCUGCUUGGUAAAACAUUAUUCUUAUACUGUAAUUCUUGAGACCUGGUUUCUUUUAGUUCUUUAAACAUACUUUAGCUGACUUAAAGUAUUUGUCUAAGCUUUUGCAUAGCUAAGGAUACCAUCAGCAAAACAAAAAGACAGCCUACAGAAUGGGAUAAAAUAUUUGCAAAUGAUGUGCAGACCAGGGACUAAUUUCCAAAAUAUACAAACAGCUCAUACACCUUAAUAUCAAAGAAACAAGCAACCCAAUCCAAAAAUAUGCAGAAGACCUAAACAAGCAAUUCAGUGAAAACAUACAAAUGGCCAAUAGGCACAUGAAAAAGUGCUCAGCAUCGCUAAUUGUCAGAGAAAAUGCAGGUCAAAACUGCAGUGAGAUACCACCUUACACCAGCCAGAAUGACCAUCAUUGAAAAGUCUGCGGAUGAUAAAUGCUGGAGAGGGUGUGGAGAAAGGGGAACCUCCUACACUGUUGAUGGGAAGGUAGUUUGGUGCAGCCACUAUGGAGGACAGUAUGGAGGUUCCUUAAAAAACUGAAAAUAGACUUACCAUGUGAUCCAACAGCCCCACUCCUGGGCAUGUAUCUGGAGGGAAAUAAAAUUCAAAAAGACACAUGCACCUCAGUGUCCACAGCAGCACUAUUUACAACAGCCAAGACAUGGAAACAACCCAAAUGUCCAUCAACAGAUGGCUUGGUAAAGAAGAUGUGGUACGUAUACACGAUGGAACACUACCCAGCCAUAAAACAAGACAAACAAUGCCAUUUGCGGCAAUACAGAUGCACCUGAAGAUUGUCAUUCUAAGUGAGGUGGGCUGGAAAGAGAAAAACGCUAUGUGACAUCAUUUAUAUGAGGAACCUAAAAAAUAGUAACAAUGACAAUAAGGACGCAAACGAACUGCUGUAUAACUAAGAUGGCUGAUCUCUUGAAUAUGUGUGGUCACAUCUGACUGUCCUUUAUGAUUGGAUCACCACAUUCUGUUGAUUCUUAUUUUGUGGUUGGCUCUAUUCCUUUGAUACCUAUGUAAGUUUAAAAAGCUAAAGCUCUAAUCUGUUCUUAGAAACAAUAAUCAGUACAUGUAUGUAAACUAAAAAAAUGUGCAGUAUGCUGUAUAUGUGUAUUUACACGCAAUAUAAUGUACAUGUGCAAUAUAUGUGUACGUAUAAUAAUCCAACAUAAUAAAACUGAAAAAGGGGGGGAAAUUAAGUAUUUGUCUAGAAAAUUCAGUGUGUGGGCUUACUCAGGGACAGUUUCCGUGGGCUGCUCUUUUCCCCCGAUGCAUGGGACUGUACUUUUCCUGCUUCUUCUGGUGUUUCAAUUUUUUUUUUUUGGUUGAAAAUUGGACACUUUAAAUAACAUGAUGUAAUAACUCUGGAAGAGCCUCCCAUCCCUGGAAUUUGCUGCUGUCAUUAUUUGUUUGUUGAGUGUAUUUCCUGGACUGAUUCUGUAAAAUCUAUGUCUUCUGUUGUGCUUAGCUUAGCCACUGCGGUCCCUGCUUGGUCAGCUUAGCGAUUAGCUAACAAUUGGGCAGGGAUUUCCUUACAUGCUUUGAUCCGGCAGGUCUGGUGGUUUUGCCGACAAGCUGGGGGGGGGGGGGGGGGUGUUAGGCACACUUUCAGCACUCCUGCAGCCAGUUGCCAGCUCUGCCUUGGCCUUCAUGUCAUGAAUGUUUUGAUCUUUGCUAUGUGAGAAAGUGGCAUGUUGUAGGUUUGAUUGACAUUUGUCUUGGGAGUGAGAGUGAGCAUUUUCACAUUAAAGGAGUCACUGUUUAUCCUGUCCUGUGAAUUGUAUCCGUGUCUUUUGCUCAUUUUACUAUUGGCAGAUUGGUUUCUUUCUUAUUAAGCUACAGAAGCUCUUUAUUCAUUCAGAAAACUAGCAAAAAAAAAAAAAAUAGCUCUACAUGACAAGUCGCAAAUAUUUCCUCAUUUUAUCUUCUGAUUUUGUUUAUGUUGUUUUUCGCUGUAUAGAUUUUUUUAUGUAGUUGAAUUUAACCAAUCUUCCAUGGCUCCUGAGUUUCGUAUUCCUUCCCCAAAGAUUAUACUUAAAGAUUCUGUCUUUUCUUCUAGUACUUCUGUGUGUUUCAUUUUCAUGCUUAACUCACUGAUACACUUACUGUUUAUUUUGAUAUAAAGUUUGGCCCUGGAAAUUCAGUUUUUUAUUUUAAAUAGCUGUUCUGUUGUCCCA